GCGGUAUCGGAAAAUGUGGCAGGUUGGAUUGGUAUUUCCCGAUAUGUGAAUUACAUCCCAGGAUUGGAUCGUCCCAUCCCUAAUUUCCAUGCUGAAUGGGAAAAUUAGGAUCUUAAGAUCUUAUUUAUUUACAGUGUUUUCCUUGGUUUUCCUUGUAUUUUCGGUUUUCUAGAUAUAUUUUUUUUUCCUGUUUUUGGUGUAAUGUGUAAUUAGAAGUAAUUAAAAAACUAAUUAAAGAUUUAUCUUACUUUUUGUUGAUGUCAUUUCACACCUUGUGUCCACUGGCACAUGCAUGCAAGAAAUGGUGUCUAAAAAUGUAUAUGGGUAUGUGUGGGAGGUACACAGGAAAGAAAACCUUGAAAAUGACCAAAAAUUUACGGAAAUGCCCGACAGACAUCCACUGCUGCAUUUAAGACCUGCACCACCACCCCACCCCCCCCCCCCCCCCCCAAAAAAAAGAAGAAAAAAGUUGGGAUGGAGACAAUUUAUUGAAAAUAUGAGGAAUAAAUCAUCAACCAGGGCCCAGUUUCAUAAAACUGGUCUAAUGUAGUUUAGUUGACUAAACUCAGUUGACUCAACUUUUGGCAUUAGUCAUUGCACAAAGUACUUAGUGGGCUAAAGUUUCACGUUACCCGACUAAAGUUUCUAGCCUGGUACAGAGGAGGCUAAUCUUAUCUUAAUCGACAAAAGUUCAGUGUCUUUCCUCAAAAAAGCGACUACCAGGUACAGUACCUUUCACUUGACGGAGGAGGAAGGAAGGAGAGACCUAUGGCGGGAACAGGUGUUCCGGGACCGGAAUAAUCCAUUGGAGAUGUUUACGGACUCUGAGGUCGGGAGCGCUUCUCCUGUGCUGCAGUGGACUUGGCUGUGUCGGUAGCAGACAGACCAACCCGGAAGGAAACAAAACUGUUGCUCAUUAAAGGUGUUUCUUGGCAACGGCAACGCCUCUACGAUUAGACGGAUAAUGGAGGCUCCUCCUGAUAGGCUUAAGGACAGAGAAAGUGGUGUUGAAGUUUUAAUGGACAGUUCCUCCACCAAUGACAUCUGUCAGCUCCACCCCCUUCAGAAGGGCCAGCCACACAAUCACAGAGGCGCUGACAGCUCACCAUUUUCUCCUCCUCCCAUCUGCACUCCUCCGUCUUCCUCUUCCGCCUCCCCUCCUCACUCAUCCACUUGUAACAGCUUUCAUUAUCAUCAUCAUCGUCAUCAGUCCACCAAUCAGAAGAGGCUUCCUCAGAGCCACGCCUCCUUCCAGACAGACACCACCCACAUAAAGGAAGUUGCUGGAGAUGAUUGCUGCUUUUACUGUCUCCUCGCGUGUCUCUUCUGCGAGUUGUCCUCCAUGUGUUCUGCUCUGGGGGAGUGUCUGGCCUGCGGAGGGGGCGUGGCUGGAUGCUGUGAUGCCGCCUGCGGCUGCUGCUGUUGCAUGGAGGUGGCGGGGGAGGCGGCCUGCACCGAGGAGGCAUGUCAGGCCACGCUGGACUGUGGAUUACUGGAGAACUGCUGCGGAUCAUCCGAUUGCCUGGAAAUCUGCCUGGAAUGUUGCUCCAUCUGUUUUCCCGUGUAAAGCAGCCAAUCAGGGGAGGACUACAAUAUGAUGGACAUCGUGGCUGCUAGCUUUGUUUGCCCUGACGAACCGGUUUGAUCUGGAUUUUGGAAGCAGCAGGAAGCAGUGUUCUCUUGAAAAAUGUCACUAAACCAACAGUAAACUCAGAAUCCAGUUUUUUCUACUUUUAUUUUCAUAUAAAAGAAAACUUCAGUUGCACAGCUACCCAUGUUAGCAUGCUAACAUUAGCAGCUACCCAUGUUAGCAUGUUAAUGUUAGCAGGUACCUGUGCUAGCUGGUAACAUUAGUAGGUACCUGUGUUAGCUGGUAAUAU